UUCCCAUACUGCAGGUGUUGCUGUCUGUGUCGUGUUGCGCGGAUAUUAUUUGCAAAAUUAUCCAACAAGGAUUAGGUUGAACAUGGCAAGAACGCUGGAAAAUUUACUUGGUGAUCAUGUUAUUCGAACAAAUUGUGAGAAAGUGGCUGUUAAUACUUUAUGCGGGAAAGAUCGAGUGAUAGGAAUUUAUUUUUCUGCCGAGUGGUGUCCCCCUUGCAAAGGAUUUACACCAAAAUUAGUGGAGUUUUACAAAAAAGUGCAUCAAAAGGAAGAGGGAUCUAAAUUUGAAAUCGUGUUUGUUAGCUGGGAUAAAGAUGACACUACAUUUACAGAAUAUUUUAAAACAAUGCCAUGGUUGGCUUUGCCUUUUGGAAAUGAAAAAAAGGGCAAGCUGUGUAAGAAAUUCCGAGUACAAGGCAUACCCAAAUUAGUUCUCAUAGACGGAGAGACAGGGCAGACCAUAACACGCGAUGGAUACUGUCACUUAAUGGAGGAUGAAAAUGGUGCCGAGUUUCCAUGGCGACGGAAGAAGUUUGGUGACAUCAUCAAAGGCAAACUAUUAAAAGAGGGAACAGAAGUUGAUGCUUUAGAAGAACUGAAGGGAAAGAUUGUUGGUCUUUAUUUCUCUGCUCAUUGGUGUCCGCCAUGUAGAGUGUUCACACCUGAGUUGGUUCGUACUUACGAGAAGUUGAAAGCAGACGGGAAGAAAUUUGAAGUGAUAUUUGUGUCAUCUGACAGAUCUGAAGACUCCUUUACAAGCUUUGCAAACUCUAUGCCCUGGCUGGCCUUGCCGUUUGGAGAUCCAAGAUCCCAGAUGCUGAAAAAUCUAUACGAGGUUGAAGGUAUACCAAUGUUGGUGAUGAUAGACGAACAAGGAGGAGUGAUAACUAUGGAUGGCCGUCUUGCUCUCAAUGAGGAUGUUGAUGGACAGGAAUUUCCAUGGUACCCAAAGCCAAUCAAUGAGUUGACAGAAGGUGGAGCCAUACAGCUAAAUGAAUCUGCAUGUCUUGUACUCUUUGUCGAACCAGAGGAUGAGGAAGUGGAUAGAGCCCGAGAUCUUCUCCUCCAACCAGCUACUGAAGAGUACAACAAGGGAGAGCAUCGGGAUCUUUUCUUCUUUAUAAGUGCAGAUGAUGAUAUUUGCGAUUCUGUGCGUCAUUUUGCUAACCUUCCAGACCAGACCCCACUGCUGACCAUUCUUGAUUUCCCCGAACAAAAAGUCUACAUUAGCGAGGAGAAAAAUAUUACAACAGAACUUGUGUGUUCAUUUGUUAAAGACUACCUACUAGGGACAUUGCCAGCUAAAUCAUGUAGGCAUAAUAAUCAUUGAAAAUCAAAGCACUUCGUCAAGAGCUUCAAAUGUUAGGUUGAAAAACUUGUCAAGUAGUGCGAGUGUGCACAAAAUUUGUGCUAGUUUGUGACACUCCAGAUUUGAUGAAAAGAUGACAAACUGUAAGAAGAAGAUAGAGAAGAAAUGUAACAGAUAUAUAAGGGUCAAUAUAUUAUGCAAGUAUUGGUCUGUUGCCAUAAACUCUUUACAGUCUUUGAUAAAUCUAUGAUUAAUUAAUGCACAUGCAUUUAUUAUCCGCAGAUUGUUCAAGUUGCAUGACAGCUUCUUAAACAACAUCGGUGGUUUUCUAUUGCGUAGCAACAAAAGAUUGCUUGUAAUUUAGGUGUCUAGCAACAAAAGAGAACUUGUAAAUCUUGUUUGGCCACAUUACAUUUUCACAGGUCUUGUGGAAAUCACAUAAUAUUUUUUCAAAAAGAUACUUAAAACCAUUUUAUAUGUGAAUUGUUUAUAACGUCAAAGAGAUGUUGUGAUUUAAUAUGUGUGCAGAUACGUGUACUUUUCAGACUUUCUUCUUUAUUUUGAGGUUUCAGAAUGAAAAACUUUGUUAGCUGUUAGCAAAAUUUGGCUUUACACUUAACAUAUUCCAAACAUGCAGAUUUACCUGUUAAAAAGUUACUGGACAAUUUUAACAGACACAUAUAUUUUCAGUCUCUAUAAAUGAAAUGAAUGACAAAAUAUGAUCGGUAAAGUUACCAAGAAUCGCUAGCACAAUCCAUGGAUUUGCCAAUUAUAUUCUUUCCUUCAUUUUGCAGAAAUUUGUUAAAAUAUUUAUCCACUUCACGUAAUAUUAUAGAGAUUUACUACAAAUACAUGUACACAUAUACAUGUGAAAUCACAACCUCUUCGGAGUGUAAAGAUGAAUUAUAAGAAUUUCUUUUGAAUGUUUAUAUCAGCUUUGAAAAAAUGGACAUGUUUAAGGCCAAAAUAAUGCUUGCAUUAAGCAAAUAAGUAAACAGCAAAAACAAUAUUGUGAGGUAUUUCUGCAGUAACCCUCAUUCAUUAGAAAUUUUCAGGAAAGUAUGCUUUCACAAGACAACAGCUGUGAAAUUAGUUGUCUCUUAGCAACAGAACAAUUUUGCAAAAAAAUUAAAUUUCAUAUAUUUUCAAAACAAGCAGCAUGAAAAAAAAAAUUCACAAUUUUGAAUCUGUUACUAUGUUUUAUUGUAAGUUAACACCGUGCUAUCAUACAAACAAAAAUAUGGAAAUCUACAUUUCAAUUCUAAAUUCUCAAUAGGGAGAGUGUAGAUCUACGGAUCACGGGGGUCACAAGUUUGAUCCCCAGGCAGGCCGUAUGUUCUCUGUGACGAUUUGAUAAAAGACAUCGUGUCUGAAAUCAUUUGUCCUCCACCUUCAAUUCAUGUGGGGAAGUUGGCAGUUACUUGCGGAGAACAGGUUUGUACUGGUACAGAAUCCAGGAACACUGGUUAGGUUAACUGCCUUUUGUUACACAACUGAAAUGCUGUUGAAAAAUGGUGUUAAACCCAAAACAAACAAACAAAAAGCUAUUACCAAAAAUUGUGCAGUUUUGGUCAUUCUUGGUUUUUCAAUAAAUAAGAGAAGAUCCUGUCCACUGACCUAGAGUCUUUGUUACUCCAAAUCCAUGUGGAGUGCUGAUCUAUGAAAUUUGUUCCUACCAGUUCCAUGACUCAUUACAUUGCAAUGUAACACAUUAUAUUAAGAUCUUCUUUAUAAAUUGUUAAAGAUAUUUAGGCUGUUGCAUUAUUUAUUGAAUGACCUUUAUACGUAUUUUUACAUGUAAGGUACUGGCUUAUUACAAGGUCAUAUGUAUGACGCAUGACAGGAUCAGGUCCUCCUCUCAUUAAUUCAGUUUGAAUUUUCUGAUGAGUUGCUGAUCAAACAUAAAGAUGUCGGUGCAAUUCAGCCAACAAAAUUUGGUAUUAAGUUGAAAAACAGCAACAACAAAAACAUGAUCUGAUGUUAGGUAAAGUAUCUUCAACAAGUGAAUGUCUUGAAAUAAUUGUUGUUUAAUGUUGCAUAUUGAAACUUCUGUUAUCAGCAGUUGUAUAUGUAUAAAUGGAAUGAUUUUAUGUUGCUUUGAAACAUUAAACUACGCAAGAAAAUUAA